AUGGAAGGGUUGGUGAGUUCUGGGAUCAACACCGUUCGUGUUUUUGGUGUUACAAAGCACCAAUCUCGUUUUCGUCCUUCAUCAACGCUUCAUCUGAGGAAUAAGAGUGUGUGUGGGAUUGGAAUUGGGGUUGAGGAAAAGAAGAAGAAGCAACAGCGGUGUUUCGUUGUGGCUGCAUCUGUUGGGGGCUCCAAAGUGGGGCAUUUUGAGAACACACUCCCUUCCAAAGUGGUUCUUGAGCUUUGGAGAAAGGGUGAUGCAGUGUGCUUUGAUGUGGAUAGCACUGUGUGUCUAGAUGAAGGGAUUGAUGAACUUGCUGAGUUCUGUGGGGCUGGAAAGGCUGUUGCUGAAUGGACUGCUAGAGCGAUGGGUGGUUCUGUUCCGUUUGAGGAAGCCUUGGCUGCUAGGCUGUCUCUGUUCAAUCCCUCUCUGUCUCAACUUCAGAAUUUUCUUGAGCAAAAGCCCCCAAGGCUUUCCCCUGGUAUUGAAGAAUUAAUCCAGAAGUUAAAGGCUAAUGGCAUUGUUGUUUACCUGAUCUCUGGUGGCUUCCGUCAAAUGAUCAAUCCUGUUGCAUCAAUACUGGGAAUUCCACAAGAGAAUAUUUUUGCCAAUCAACUACUUUUUGGGGGCUCUGGAGAGUUUCUGGGGUUCGAUAAAAGUGAGCCGACUUCAAGGAGUGGAGGAAAAGCUGUUGCGGUCCAACAGAUCAAGAAGGCCCGUGGUUUCAAAACUUUAACUAUGGUGGGGGAUGGUGCAACUGAUUUGGAGGCUCGUAAACCAGGUGGUGCUGACUUGUUCGUUUGCUAUGCUGGUGUUCAACUUCGAGAAUCUGUUGCUGCGAAAGCUGAUUGGCUAGUUUUCAACUUUAAAGACCUUAUAAAUUCGUUGGGUUAA